AUGUACGCCGCUCAGAAUAUAACGCCAACAGUUUUGGAUGCUAUGAAUGGAAAUGUUUCCGAAUGGUAUAACGAAUGCGACAAUGCCAUUAGAAGGUCAGAAAUAGUUCCUGGAACUUACGAAUAUACAACUGCUGUUUCUUAUGGAAACGUAGGUGAGUUUGGAGAAGGUUCUUCAACAACAGUAGAUAUUGCUUGCGACAGGUUUCAUAUAAUUUCUAUUGACAACUCUUUCUUAUACGUGGAACAAGACAUUGAAAUAAAACCUUCUGCCAAGUUGUCUGACAAGAAAGGUUGCAAUGGAAUUUUCUAUGUCGGAUACCAAUAUGCUCCAGAAGUUUUCAUGGGAUAUAAGAUAUAUUCUAACUCUGACUUAGUUCAAACAGUAACAUGGGCAAACUAUGAAUGGUUCGCUUUGAGAAACUCAGUACAACCACAAGCUAGAGAACAAACAGACCAGUAUGCAACUAUUGAGAAAAUAAGAAGACUUGACCCUAACGUUCCAGGAGUUUAUGUUGACCUUUCUGGACAAACUGCAGCAGCAGUAACCAAAGUAAAACUGAAACUUAGAGUUCCUUUGUCAUCUUUCCUCAUCUUCAG